UUUUUUACUUGUUUGGUGGUGAGUUUAGAGCUUGACCAGUUCUUGUUGCCGUGUUGAGGUUUCUUUCAGAAGUACACACUGCGCGUUCUUGGUCAUUCUAGAGCUUUUGGAAGUCUUUUGAACCAAAAAUGGAGUUGGGUUUCUUAAUUUGCUUCUUAUUGGUGGGAUAAUUGUGAGUUGCCUACAAAUCAAGGUCAUAAUUUUGUGCGCAAUCGAACUGGGAUCCUUAAAGUAAGCUGCUGAGUUCUGUGAGGAUAAUGUGUUGUACACUGUCGGAAGCUAUGAAGUGCUUCUCAUUCUAUCUUGGAGACAAAAAGGAUGAACCAAAGAGCCCAAUGACAACAUUUACCGAUGGUGAAAUGAAGAGAUCUGGAUCUGAGUUGGAUUCCCAGAAUAUCUCUGACGCUAGUUCAGAGUCCUUGAGGAGAAACCAAUAUCCUAGUUUCUCUCAGAGACCCAGCAACCUAAGAAUAUUCACAGUUUCCGAACUUAAGUCGGCCACUAAGAAUUUUGGACGAUCUGGCAUGGUUGGAGAGGGUGGAUUCGGCUGUGUCUAUAAAGGGCUGAUCAAGAGUUCAGAAGAUCCAUCCCAAAAAAUUGAAGUUGCUGUGAAACAGCUCAGUAAAAGAGGGUUGCAGGGGCACAAGGAAUGGGUGACAGAAGUUAAUGUUCUCGGGGUGGUUGAGCAUCCAAACCUUGUCAAACUAGUUGGGUACUGUGCUGAGGAUGACGAAAGAGGAAUCCAGCGACUUCUUAUUUAUGAAUAUAUGCCUAACGGAAGUGUGGAGAACCAUUUAUCAAAUCGUUCAGAGACACCACUUUCAUGGGCUAUGCGACUGAAAAUAGCACAAGAUGCUGCUCGUGGCUUAACAUAUCUUCAUGAAGAAAUGGAUUUUCAGAUCAUUUUCAGGGAUUUUAAAUCUUCAAAUAUCCUGCUAGAUCAGGAUUGGAAUGCAAAGCUUUCAGAUUUUGGAAUGGCUAGGUUGGGACCAGCAGAAGGAGUAAGCCACGUCUCAACAGCGGUUGUUGGAACCAUGGGUUAUGCAGCACCUGAAUAUAUCCAGACUGGACGCCUAACAUCCAAAAAUGAUGUCUGGAGCUAUGGGGUCUUUCUCUAUGAACUCAUUACAGGCAGGCGUCCUUUGGAUCGAAACCGGCCCAAGAGUGAGCAGAAGCUCUUAGAGUGGGUAAAGCCAUACCUAUCAGACUUGAAGAAGUUUAGGUUAAUAAUAGACCCUAGGCUUGAAGGUAAAUACCCCCUCAAGUCAGUUCAAAAGCUUGCCAUUGUAGCCAACAGAUGUUUGGUCAGACUCCCAAAGAAUCGUCCAAAGAUGAGUGAGGUGUUGGAAAUGGUGAGUCAGAUUAUAGAGGCACCUUCUGGCCAGAGAAAAAGCAAGGAAGCGUCAUCGGGUCAGAACAAAUUUAAGGAGGCACCAUCAACCCAAAACAAAAUUAAGGAGGCAGCAUCUGGCCAAAGUAAGGUCACUGAGGCAGCAACAGGAACAGCGAGUCUGCCAUUACCACCGGUGAAUUUGGCACCAAUCGAAACUUCCAGGGACUAUGAAUCAGUGAACAAGAAAAGAAACGUGGAAAUGAGGAGGGGAGAAACUGGUUGGCUAUCUCGUGUGUGGACACCGAAGCUUUUAAGGACAUGCUAAUUGAGCACUAGUCCUGGUAGCUACUCCCCCGACUUAUCUGAUGCAUAUUUAAUAGUUUGACAGAAAAGUCACAGAUCAGCUAUUUUCUUGUAUAUAACACCCCUCACCUUCCAAUUCUGCGUCUCCAAAAUCUACAUAGAUCUGUGAUCUAAUUUACAAUCUUCUGCAGAAAGUUUAUGACGUUGCACCAAGAAUAGAGUGGCAGAUGGCUUUCAGACUGUUUCGAAGCUGGUACAAGUUUUUUUGUUAAGUAAUUGUGUUGUGCAAGAAGGUUUGAGAUGCUAAUUAUAGUGGUUCCAGUUUAGAAGAACAGCUUCGUGUUAUCGGUUCUUCAGGUACCUGGAAAAUCACAUGAGAUUGAGUUUUACAAAUAAUGGAUGAUUGGAUGUAAUCACCUCGCCAUUUGUAAUUGUAACUAUUUUUUCUAACUUAAAUUUUUAUGGAUAUUACUUUUUUUUGUUUCAUA